CGUAGAAAUAAAUUUUUCUUCAUUUUAUCUUCAAAUUUAUAUUUUGUGUUUUCUUAAAAAAUAUUUAUUUCAUUAUAUUAUACAAAUCUUAUGGUACUAUAGACAGCGAUGUUCAGUUUUAUCAGUUAAUUAAACUAAUCUGUAGUGUUUUACUAAAAAAUAUGGAAAUAUUGUGAAUAAUUUAUUAAAGUUUAUCAGAAAAACAUAUACUUAACACACUAUGGGUUCUAAAAUAGAGUAUGUAGAUUCUUCCCAGCUUUAUGCUACCAAUUAUGUUCGAAAUGCUAAAGCUGUUGGAGUGCUUUGGGGCAUAUUCACAGUUUGUUAUGCUAUAAUUGUGGGUGUAGCUUUUAUUACUCCAGAAUGGAUUGGUGAUACAACUACAUCUGAAAAUCCUGCCCGAUUUGGCUUAUGGAAUAGUUGUUACUUUGGAAAUGGGGUUUCAUCAGUUUCUGAAGAAUGUCAUGGGAGAUUAGAUGAUUUUUCUAGUAUACCUGGUGGUCACAUAAAAAUAGCUGCUAUUUUUGGUGGAGUAUCUGUUAUAGUAGCAGUUCUGGUAGUACUGUUAUUAUUAUUAUUUUUUUUCUGUCAAUCGACUACUGUGUAUUUAAUGUGUGGUUGGUUGCAUCUUAUAUCAGCAUUUUGUUUAAUAACAUCAAUCGUUGUUUUUCCUAUGAGUUGGGAUUCACCACAUAUACAAAAAACUUGUGGUCCUGAAGCCAAAAGUUAUAAUCUUGGGUAUUGCAGUUUCCGUUGGGCUUAUCUAUUAGCAGCAAUUGCUGGUUUAGAUGCAAUUAUUUUAUCAGCAUUGGCUUUUAUUUUAGCUACAAGACAUAUUAAACUUCAAUCAGAGCCAUUAUAUGCGUCAACAUUACGUAAAGGAGAAUUAAAUGGUGGUUACCUUACUGAUAGUAAUGCAUCAAUAACAGGAUCAAGAAAAUCCUUAAAUUUGCAACCUGUUAUGUUAAUGCCACAACCAAUAAUGGAUCAGGAUCGGUUUUCAGAAUUUUCUAACAGAACUAAUCGUUCUAAUAAAGGUGCUAUGUAUAGACCAGAAUUUGCUUCUUCCAGUAUUCAUAAUUUUCAGCUUUAAGGAAUUAGAAUGUUUUUUUUUACAGUUUAUUUUUCAAAAACGCAGUAAUAAAAUUGAAAUAAAAUAAUUUUAGAUGUUUAUUAUAGAACAAAUUAAUGAACUCAUUUGUUAAUAAUAAAAUAAGUGAAAUCUCAAAUUUUGUGAAAAAACUAAUUAUAUUUUAAAGUGUGUAAAUAGAUAAUAUUAAGACAUUAUACAAAUAAUUUAUGUUUAAAGAAAUAGAUUUUUACAUAAGGGUUUAUCAAUAGCUAGUACUUAUACAUGUGCAAUUUUAUUUUAUAUUUAAUUUUUAUAGAUAUAAUAAGAGAAAAUAAUUUAGGUAAUUUAACUCUAUUUAUAAAAUUUGAGUUAUACUUCCAAGAAGGAUUAACUACAUAUCAGUAGUAAUUUAGUAGAUUCGGGUUUUUAGUUUUUAAUAUUCAACUUUAUUUUAAAUUAUUUAGGUGAUAUUAAUUGCUAUAACUGAGUUAUUGAAAGAUAACUUAUUUACUAAAUGAAAACCGUAUUUGUCUUCCAGACCAUUGAUAUUAUUUUUACUUUAAGAGUUCCGUCCAUUAUAACUGUUAUAUUUCUCGUAUUAAGUAAUAUUAAGAACAAAGUAUUAUUAUAUAUUAUAGGUUUUCAUUAUUGUUAUAUUGUUAAUUUUAUAUAAAAAACUAAUAUCUAUUUAUGUAAUAAUAAAAAUAUAUUGGUUCUACAAUUUGU